AUGCUUUCCUCUGCUUGGCUGUGGCUGGCACUUGCCUUCGCCUCUAUCUUUACCCUCUCUGCUAAGGACAUUCUCCUUACCAAUGACGAUGGCUUGGUUGUUGCACAAAUAAGUGCACAGUACCGUGGUGCUCUCAUGUCCUUCCGAGGACAAGUCUGGAACGGGGUCCAGAACUACUACACCCACACCCGGGUAAAUUACGUUAACGCGUAUCCCGUCGAUGCCGCCAACUACGGGAUUAAGAUACUGUCACCCAAGUUCUUCACUAAGGAACCCGACUUUGUCGAUAGCGGCCCCAACAUCGGCAACGAUCCUCGCACGAAUGUCACACCGGGUGUGCCGCUCCUUCCUGAGGGCGUAACUGUGAACGUUAACUACCCCGCGAUCGACGGCUGCAUGAACCCGUCGGACUACAAGUGGGUGUUCUCGCGGAACCUCGCCAACAUCGGACAGGAGGAUAUUCGGACGUGUGAGAGCACGGUGCUCCCUACCGAGAAAGACGACAUUGCAGCGGGCGGAUGUUUCAUCAGUGUGUCGGUGUUAAAGGCGACUACCAAGGCGAAAGCGAAUGCAGAAUUACAGGCUGCAGUGUAUCGCCAGCUGAACAAGCUGCCGUUCACCUGCCUUGCGAGCUCAUGA